AUGUCGAGUGAUAUGCAUGAUAAUCGGCAGGGCCAAUAUCGGGCCGGGACCAUCUCGAUGACCGUGCUAGGUGCAGUAUUUGUUGCUUUGAGAUUUUUGUCAAGAUGGAAAAAGGGAGUGAGCAUCGGCUGGGAUGAUUAUUUGGUGCUGGUGUCACUGGGAUUCUUGUUCGCAGUUUGCGGUCUCAAUCUCUCCAUGAUCGAAUAUGGCAUGGGACUACACGCAGAUGUGUUACCGGUCAAAAAUUUGGUGAUGAUUGCAAAGUUACUCAUGGCCUUUGAGUGUGUAUACUGCACUGCGGUAGGAAUCGUCAAGAUUUCGAUUUUGCUGAUGUACGCGCGCAUUUUCCCCACACGAGAAUUCCGCAUUGCAGCAUACAUUAUAGGCUUCAUUGUUGUCUCAUGGGUUAUCGCCAUCAUCUGUGUCAGUGUCUUUCAGUGCACACCGAUUGCAAAAGCCUGGGAUACAAGUCUUCCAGGGACAUGUAUCAACCUCAAAGGAUCGUUCAUCGGAAACGCAGUACCGAAUAUCCUAACCGAUGUCGCGAUUUUGUCUCUUCCGGUACACGUUGUUUGGAGGCUGCAGGCCACUCUUGUCCAUCGGCUGUCUGUGAUUGCUGUUUUCCUGUUGGGUAGUUUCGUGAUUUUCACAAGCGCCUAUCGAUUCUCAACCCUUUUCAAAUUCGAGCCGACUGAUGUAUCCUGGACCCUCGCGGAAGCUUGCACCUGGUGUCUGAUCGAGACCUCAAGUGGAAUCAUUUCCGCCUGCAUGCCGACACUGCGCCCAUUGUUCGUGAUGCUCUCAUCCAAAUUCGGAAGUCGCUAUGGAACAUCAAAGACACGAACAACAGAUGGCAAAACAUCCGCCCUACGCAGCUUCGGAACGGAUGGUACGGCCCUGCGAAGCUUCACAAGAGACGGAGCGGCCUUGAGACCAGGGGAUGAGUCUUCAUCCAAGUCACACGUGCAAAUGCAUGUUAGCCAGGACGACUUGAGCGAUGAAGUACCACUGAACACGAUCAUGGUGACACGCGACAUGCAGUGGCAGGAAACAACAUUUGAUGGUACGCGCCGAUGGACAUGA